ACGGUAUCUUAGUGCACGUGUUGUAUUGAUGGAGAAUCCAGUCGAGGGUACCCGACGUGAUGAUACUACUGACAGACCCUGAUGAUAGCGUGGAAUUACUUGUCUACGCUUUCCUUCUACCGGAAUUAACGUUAGUUUGCGAUUUAUAGUCAUCUCCGCUGAUAACUAGAACUGUACCAAGUGCAGGAAGCCUACAGCGCUGACAUUCCGUGAGAUGUCCGCACAGCCCAAGCCAACAGUGUCGGGGGAUCGGGCGCCGAUCCAGCUGAUGAUUGAUCAUCAAUAACUUCAUCCGGCCGGACGGACGAAACAUCGCAGCCGUCUGUCUUUGGGUUUGGGUACAAUAACAACACAAAAACUCAUUCUAAUUCGAACUUUUACACUACGAUAUAGGAUUGUAUCUUCCGCUCAAAACAGUAAGUGCGAUCUGUGAGACAUUGCGAAAUGGUGCAGCAACCAACGAAUCAUAUCAGGCGUGUCUUCGAGCCGAUCCCGCCGACGUCCCAGGACCGCCUCGAUGCGUCACUGAACGAGGCGCCGCUCGACGCGACUACCAUAUCCUCAUCAGACAUCUCAGCAGCAAAAGAGAAGGGCAAGACAGUGCUGUACCUUGCAUACGGCUCCAACCUCUGCAAUGAGACGUUCAGGGGCGUACGAGGCAUCAAGCCUCUCUCGCAGGUUAAUGUCCUAGUCCCUUCCCUACGUCUGACCUUCGACCUCGCUGGUAUGCCCUAUGCAGAGCCCUGCUUUGCCAACAGCGCUCGCCGGGAUCCCGACGCUCCAGCCCCGAACCCUGACGAACCGCGCUAUCACAAGGACCGCUGGCAGAAAGGCCUCGUGGGGGUUGUCUACGAGGUCACACUCUCCGACUACGCGCACAUCAUCGCCACCGAGGGCGGUGGUGCAUCAUACCACGACAUUCUCAUCGAUUGUCAUGUGCUUCCGUUCGCGGAUACAGUACCUUCGCACCCUACCACCGCCGCAUUCAAGGCGCAUACACUCUUCGCACCCACCGUCCGCGCAGACGAAGCGAGCGCCGUAGACCGCAUAGCUAGGCCCGAUCCUAGCUACGCACAGCCCUCUGCGCGAUACCUGAAGCUCAUCACCGACGGCGCGGCCGAGUGCGAGUUGCCCAUCGAGUACCAGGACUAUCUUCACAACAUUCGUCCCUACACAAUCACAACGAGGAGGCAGGCGGCAGGCAAGGCGCUUUUCGUCGUGAUAUGGCUGCCGUUCAUUUUGAUGAUCCUCGCCAUGAGCAAGAGAGUGCAGGAUGACAAGGGGAGGGCGCCGAAGUGGUUUCAACGGCUGUCUGCGAUGAUCUUCGCAGGGGUGUGGAUGAGCUAUGAUGGCGUAUUUCAAAAGGUAUUCGGCGAUGGUGAGAGGACUAUUGGAGAUGGGAUGGAUAAUAGAAGGAUGCUGAGGAGGUAA